AUGGCGAACAUUACUGGAGGUGCAAACUUCACAAGCAAACGGAACCAAGCACUCACCUCACCACCAACGGGCGUUAGUAAAUUUUUCUCCGCUUUGAACAUAUUCCUAUCCAUUCUUUCGAUCACCGCGUCUCUGGGUAAUGCUCUGAUCCUUAUUGGUCUUAAUAGAGUGUCUUCUAUUUAUCCUACGACUAAACUUUUCUUUCGAUGUCUGGCUGUCACCGAUCUUUGCGUUGGACUUACUCUACAACUGCUGUUUGCAACCACCCUCCUGUCUGAGGUGAACGAGAACGCUGGUUGCUACUCUUCCGAAGUGGAAGAUGUUUUAAGUUGGAUUUUCUGUGGAGUAUCUCUGUUGACGUCGACCGCAGUUAGUGUGGACAGACUUGUCGCCCUGUUGUUGGGACUGAGCUACAGACCUGUCGUAACAUUAAGGCGAGUUCGUGUAGUUAUAAUUUGUUUUUGGUUAAUUAGCGCUUUAGCUGGAUCGAUCCGGAUGUGGAGAGGAGAUAUCACCUUCAUGUUGUCCUCUAUCUUAUUGACAUUUUUCGCUGGUAACCUCAAUUUUUCUGUUACACGAGGAUCCAAUUCAAACUGCGGCAUCAGCAAGCACAAGUACAAAACAAUUUCCCUCAAGGACGAGCGAACGUAA